UCUCAGUCAUCUGUCUUCUUUCUCUGUGAUUGAAUGGAGAAGCUGGGUUCACCGGAACCUGCACCACCCUCGCCGGGUGCAGCGCCCGUCGCUGGGCUUUCUGCUGCAAAGGCGGCCGAGGCUGAGGGAGACGAGGCCACGGCAGCAGCCAGUUCCAAACUGUGUCAGUUGGCAUGUGUGAGAAGGUGGCUGCCACUGGCCUACAGAGUGGAACUCUACCACCUCUUACAACUCACGGGCCCACUGCUGCUGUCUCGGAUUCUCAGCUUCCUCCUGCCGUUUGUCACCACCAUAUUCGCUGGGCACAUUGGCAAUGCAGAACUGGCAGGAUUUGCACUGGCCUCAGCGACCAUUAACGUGACCACCACUGCAACAGGCUAUGGCCUUACCGUGGCUUGUGACACGCUGAUUUCUCAGACAUUUGGCGGCAAGAACAUGAAACGUGUCGGAGUCAUCAUACAGAGGAGUUCACUCAUCCUGCUGCUGUUUUGUCUGCCCUGCUGGGCUAUUCUCAUCAACUCUCACAACUUACUACUCAUCAUGCACCAAGAGGCCGAAGUGGUGAGAAUUGCCCAGCUCUACCUGAUGGCCUUUUUACCAGCUGUUCCAGCCAUGUUACUGUAUAACCUGCAGGUUGCCUACCUACAAAACCAAGGGAUUAUUCUUCCUCAGCUGUACACCGCAGCAGCGACAAACAUUUUAAACCUGGGGGUCAAUUACGUCUUAAUCUUCAGCCUCCAGUGGGGCAUCAUAGGAUCGGUGAUCGCCAACAGCCUCUCUCAAAUCAUCCUCUGCCUGCUGUUGUUUGGCUACAUUAGAUGGAAGAAGCUCCAUCUGCAGACGUGGGGAGGCUGGACCACUGACUGUUUGCAGGAGUGGGGCUCCUACAUGAAGCUGGCUAUUCCCAGUGUGUUUAUGGUCUGCUUUGAAUGGUGGAUCUGGGAAAUUGGCACUAUCGUUUCAGGGUUACUUGGUGAGACGGAUCUUGCUGCCCAGCAUAUUAUGAUGGAAAUAGGAGCCAUAACAUUUAUGUUCCCUCUGGGUAUUCAAGCAGCUACCUGUGUGCGAGUUGGCAAUGCUCUGGGGGCCGGACACACCGCCAGGGCCGUAAUCACCUGCAAAGUGGCCCUGGUUCUAACAGGGCUGCUUGCCGUGCUCCUGGGCAUCUUCGUUGCUGUCUGUAAGCCCUACCUUGGCUACAUGUUUACCUCUGACGAGAACAUCUUGAAGCUUGUCGAAGGGACCAUCACGGUCUACAUGUUUCUACAAUUCUUUGAUGCGCUCCAUUGCGUCUGCUCAGGGAUUCUUGUCGGAUCUGGGAUGCAGAAAAUCGCUGCCUUGUCCAACCUGGUGAGCUACUACUGCAUCGGUCUGCCAGUGGGAAUAGCUCUGAUGUUUGCUGCCCAGCUCAGAAUAUUAGGCCUGUGGACGGGUCUCCUGAUAUGUGGGGUCUUUGAGGCGGGCUUCUUCCUCACUCUCAUCUACAAACUAAAUUGGAAGAAAGUCACACAAAAGGCUCAACAGCGAGCUGGAAGGAGAGUGGUGGUGAUACCAAAACGCCCUGUGAGUACAGUGCUGAGUGAAGCGAUGAUGUCUGACGUACUUGACGACCCUGACAAAGCCCAGGCGGACGGAAAAGUCUUUCCGGAGUCAGAUGGCUACAGUCCAGUUAACACCCAGGAUCAGGAGCUGAAAGCAGGUCACGAGGCCGAGGGCAACAACACCAGCACGCGGGGCGCUGGUGGCGAUGCUGAGCAGAGCAAACACACUUCAAACACCAAAACUCAGGAGCUUCUUUCCGUCACUCAGCUGAUCUUGCGACGGGGACUCAUGGUCUCGGUUUUGGUUCUUAUUCUGGCUGUAGGUGUUGCUUUCCACAUCGCGUUCCCUGCUCCAGAGCCCUCCACUCAGAGCAUGUCCAACUCCACCCUGAACUGGGCCAAUGUCUCCACUUCAACCCCGUCGGCUCCUCUGAACCUGACCCUGACUCUCUGAGCCAUAUCAACUCUGACUGUGGCAGCUGAGUACAGUUCUGACAAACUGGCAAUUCACAACUAGAGUGAAAAAGUGUUGAAUUUUGCCCAAAAUGACAACUCAUGUUGAAAAAAGCUCAGGUUGUCAUUUUUGCAAAACAUCAGCUCCACAGGGGCUGCUGCCUCUUUUACGCACAGAGAAAAAGAUGUGUCCGUUCUGCGCUGCUGAGAAAUACCACAGAGGUAGCCGAGGAAAUAUCAAGAGAGACUGAAAGUGACAGUUUGAACAAAGGUCUUGUCACAAAGAUCAUGUUUUAACCUGCUCAGAAAGAGGACACAUUAGUUAUAAAGCUGUCACUAAGAGACCAUGUGGGAUUCAAGGAACAAAGGUUUUUCCACUGACACUCUUUGAUUUCUUGUCUCGAUUAAAAUUUUGCACUGUGACAUA